AUGGCUGAGUACUUUAAACUACCGUUUUCUAAUCAACAGCGCUAUAUUGAAAUUAAGCUGUCACAACCGAAUGGAUCAACUGGAGGAGCAGCAGCCACUAAUGCUACAACUGGUGGCAGUGAAAUUAUCUGCUGCGUUGACACAAGUGGUUCAAUGGCAGGCAGUCCAAUAAAAAACGUCUGUGAAGUAUUGCGUGACAUUUAUCAGCGUACACUAAAAGACUAUCGUCUCUUCACAUACAAUACACAAACAGAUACAAAACGUACACUAAAAACAUUGUCUGAACAAAAGGGUGAUCUGCAGGCUAAUGGUGGUACUUCAUUUGCCAGCGUUUUCACUGCUAUCAAAGAUUAUCUUUUACAAAACUCAUCUUCGAAGAAAGCAACGACUUUUAUUUUUAUGACUGAUGGACAGGAUAAUGACCCGCAAGGUGUGGCACUCAAAAAGAGUGUUGAGAUGUUAAAGUUGGUUUUAAGUGGAAUGACGAAUGUAAGUUGCAUACUUCUUUAUUAUCACUCUUUUAUUUGGAACCAAAACAGGUUGUGCGAGAAGCAAACAGAGAUCCAUUUUCUAAAAGGUUUUUAUAACGCUCACUCUGCUCAUUUAACUAUUUACGAAGCCAUCUAUAGCUUGCGAACUCAAAAAAUUGCGCCCUUUCCGUGCCUCUCAUAUUACAUUUGACGCUUUAAAAGCUUAGUGAAUUUAACUGAGUGGAAAUUGGACUUCGACAUGUUUUAUUUUCUAUUACUACUCAGCAGAUCACAGCAUAUCUAACCUUUUAAACUUUAGUUCUUCCCGCAGAUCAAGAAAAGCUAACGAGGGAACCUAUCCAACUGUCGGACGCCGUUUGACUCCAUAUUUUGGCUAUGAGUAGGACUCAGUGAGACUAAGAAAAUCCUAAAAGGGUUCGGGCCCAUGACUCUUGAAGACCCCGUUUUCUGGAAAACCAGUUUUUCAAGAACUCUAAAAGAUAACUAAACCCUUCUUUUAAUGAGA